CAUUUUUUAUCUGUGGAUUCAUUGAUUGAUAGAUAAUAGAUUGAUACACGGAUUAUUUUAGUGUUUUGCUUCAUGUCUGUUUAUGAGUAAUACGGAAUUACUCAUUAUUGAGUGGAAUUAAGUUUUUCUUGUAAUAAACAGUACGCAGUAUUACUUGUUAUAUUGGUUUCUGUGUUGUAUUCCUUCAGAAUCCCGAAGCCUUGUUUAAAACGGGAACCAUGGACCAUGAAGCUUUUAUGGAUGCAGAGCCCUUUAUGCACCGGUAUGGAGAAAGUUCAAAUUCUAGCUCCAGUUCCAUUUCAGAAGAAGUAAGACCUCAGGGCCCCAUUGGAGCUGUAUCAGCAGCAUUCAAAUGUAUGACUAGUAAUGCAACCAAGCUCUGUGUUCAUGAUGCACUAGUCAAGUUAAAUGGGACUGGGGACUAUGAUAUUGGAGGCACUUAUGCAGAUGACGAUCCAGAAUUUUGGUUCUUCUAUACCGUGUCUGUGUGCCACGGAGACAACCAUCUACUUAAUUUAUUUGUGUGCCAUAGGAAAACUGGAACAUUUUCCAUAGAAGUAGCAAGUUCAAGUGACUUGACACAAAAAGUUGCACCGGGUGAUGAUGUUCCCUAUUUGUUACUGCCUCCAGAUAUGGUCAAAUUCAACUUCAAGUCCAUCAAAGCAAAUCAAAACUAUUUUAUCAAAACUUUCUGUUUUAAAAAAUUAGAUAGAUUUAACAAAUCCUGCACUUUAUUCAUACCAAUAAAAAUAACAGUGAACCCAAAGUUUGAACUAAACAGUGAUAUUGUAAAAGCUAUCAAACUGCAACAUGAUUUAAGUGGUCUUUUAACAAAGCAAGAAACAACAGAUUAUAUACUUGAAUCUGCUUCUCGAAAACAGUUCCCAACACACAAGAUACUGCUGGCUGCACAUAGCCCGGUGCUAAUGAAAAUGAUCAAGGAGACUGAUGUCCCCUCAUUGUUUAUUGAUAUAACUGAUAAAGAUAUGGAGCUGCUUUUAGAGUUUAUAUAUACAGGAACAAUAAAAAAUAUAUUGGAAGAAGACUGUGUAAAGCUGCUACAGAUAGCUGAUAGGUUUGAGUUGACUCAACUGUUUACUUUAACUCAGCAUGUGAUUGGUGACCAGAUCAAUCCAGAAAAUGCAAUAGAGAUGGCAAUAGUUGCAAAGAAAUUUAAAUUACACGAUUUAGUGAAACGAGUUUAUACUUACAUUGCGAAGAAUCCAAAAGUGUUAGAGUCUGAAGGAUGGAAGAAUCUACAUGAUGUUGAACUGGCUAAAGAUUUGUUCCAGUUCUCUCGUACCCUGAUUCAGUCAGUCAUAGAGAAAAUGAGCAGCUCGGAGGAGGUGUCAUGGAUUUCAUGGUUUUGCGGGCUUCGGGGAAAUGAGUUCUUUUGCGAGGUGGAUGAAGAUUACAUUAACGAUAAAUUCAACUUGACGGGACUAAAUGAGCAGGUGCCACACUACAGACAAGCCCUGGACAUGAUCCUAGACUUGGAGCCUGAUGAUGAUCUUGAUGACAACCCGAACCAGUCUGAUCUUGUAGAGCAAGCCUCCGAGAUUCUCUAUGGAUUGAUACAUGCUCGCUACAUUUUAACAAAUAGAGGCAUUGGACAAAUGUUAGAGAAAUUCCAAGCGGGCGACUUCGGUCAUUGUCCCCGAGUGUACUGUGAAUGCCAAUCCAUGCUUCCUCUAGGUCUAUCUGACGUUCCCGGCGAGGCGAUGGUGAAGCUGUACUGUCCGCGCUGCAUGGACGUGUACACGCCCAAGUCCUCGCGGCACCACCACACUGACGGUGCCUACUUUGGGACCGGCUUCCCGCACAUGGUAUUCAUGGUCCAUCCCGAGUACAGACCCAAGCGGCCUGCUUCGCAGUUCGUGCCUAGGUUGUACGGAUUCAAGAUCCACCCGCUCGCAUACCAGAUCCAACAGCAGGCGGCGGCUAACUUCAAGGCGCCGCUGCGGAGUCUCUCGUAUAACAACGGUAAACGCUAG